UGUUUUAUUUAAUCUGGCAAGUCAGUUAAAUCGAUACAGUGCCUUAGAACGCUGCGCCACUUGGUCCCCCAAAAUUAUAAGACAGUGACUCGGAUUGCAAGCUCUUAUUGUGUCCAAGUGUACAAGGCCUCUCCAGUCUAUGUCAAGUGGAGGAUACAUAGGAUUCGAGCCAGUGGAGGCUUUUGAGGGAAGGACGGCUCAUAAUAACAACUGAAACGGAGCAGAUGAAAUGGCAUCAAACACAUGGAAACCAUAUGUUUGAAGUAUUUAAUACCAUUCCACCGACUCCGCUGCAGCUAUUACCAUGAGCCGUCCUCCCCAAUUAAGGUUCCACCAACCACCUGUGUUUUGAGUAUUACGCAUGGGCAUGCAUUGACUUUUGUAGGAGAAGAUUACAAACCUUGUCAGGGAAUAUAGGUGGGGUGUUAGAGUAUUGCGAUAAAACGUUGAAUUGAAUAAUGUUUUUAUGAAUGAGUACAUGGAUGACAAUAGGCUCCGACUAGAAGACGUUUGAGAAAUAACAAUAUUACGUGAGAGGCAUCUAAAUGGAACUUGUUUUGUCGAAGAAUGUAACCCCUUGCGGAAAUACAGGUGGAAUGAAUUUGGACAGAAUCGCAGAGACCGUAAGACCCCCACCGACGCGCGACAUGGCCUCUACGUUUCAUUUGCCGAGAACUGCAAACAACACUCGAGAAACGUUGGAGAACUCAAGCAGCGAGUCAUCAGAUACUGAAAUAACAGAAAAGGAGAGGAGUGUGGAACACAGAAGUGACGAUGGAAACGCAGAUGACCCCAAAAAGAAGAAAGCGAGGCGGCAGAGGACUCAUUUCACCAGCCAGCAGCUGCAAGAGCUCGAGGCCACCUUUCAGCGGAACCGCUACCCCGACAUGAGCACGAGAGAGGAAAUAGCUGUGUGGACCAACCUCACCGAGGCCAGAGUCAGGGUGUGGUUCAAAAAUCGCAGGGCCAAAUGGAGGAAGCGUGAACGCAACCAGCAAAUGGACCUGUGCAAGAGCAGCUACCUGCCCCAGUUCAGUGGCCUCAUGCAGCCCUACGACGACAUGUAUCCCGCCUACACCUACAACAACUGGACCAACAAAGGACUGACCCCGGCUAAUCUUUCCACAAAGAACUUCACUUUUUUCAACUCAAUGAGCCCACUCACAUCCCAGUCAAUGUUCUCAGCUCCUAACUCCAUCUCCUCUAUGACUAUGGCCGGAGGUAUGGGGGGCCACUCGGCUGUACCGGGGAUGCCGACUGCGGGCCUGAACAACAUCAGCAAUUUUAACGGCAUCGGCACCGCUACAAUCAACUCAGCCAUGUCCUCGUCGUCCUGUCCGUACGGGCCUCCCGGUUCCCCUUACAGCGUAUACAGAGACACAUGUAACUCUAGCCUUGCGACCCUGAGACUGAAAUCGAAACAGCACCCAACCUUUGGAUACAGCGGGUUGCAAAGUCCCGGGUCUAGCCUUAAUGCCUGUCAAUACAACAGCUGACGUAUCAGCCGUGAUAGAAAGUAAUUUUGCGGACAGCUCUAAGCCUAGUAGCCUAGCCUACCUGCGAAUGGAGCGAAAGACAACUUAACUGGAUUAGUUGCAAUCAUUUAUUUUUCAAAUGAAUUAUGCGGGUUGUAGCCUAUGUGUUUACCAAUUAACUUGUAGGCUACAACAAUUUAAAUGUCCAUGUUUUUUGGAUUUAAAAGUGAUGAUGAAGACGUGUUUAAUUGCAACAUUGUACAUUAGCCUACAUAAGAAACAGACAAAGGAACUCCUAUGCAUGUUCGCUUACUUGCUUUGAGGGCUCAAACCCAUUUGAACGUGACUUGUAUUGGUCUAGGCCAGCGUUUCCCAAACUCGGUCCUGGGGACCCCAAGGAGUGCACGUUUUGUUUUUUUGCCCUAGCACUACACAGCUGAUUCAAAUAUUCAACCAAAACCCACUUGGGGUCCUGAGGACCGAGUUUGGUAAACGCUGGCCUAGGCCCUGUACUCUUGGUCUUGGAUUAGAAACAGUUUGGUAAACGCUGGCCUAGGCCCUGUACUCUUGGUCUUGGAUUAGAAACAGUUUGGUAAAUGCUGGCCUAGGCCCUGUACUCUUGGUCUUGGAUUAGAAACAGUUUGGUAAACGCUGGCCUAGGCCCUGUACUCUUGGUCUUGGAUUAGAAACAGUUUGGUAAACGCUGGCCUAGGCUCUGUACUCUUGGUCUUGGAUUAGAAACAGUUUGGUAAACCCUGGCCUAGGCCCUGUACUCUUGGUCUUGGAUUAGAAACAGUUUGCUAAAUGCUGGCCUAGGCUCUGUACUCUUGGUCUUGGAUUAGAAACAGUUUGCUAAACGCUGGCCUAGGCCCUGUACUCUUGGUCUUGGAUUAAAAACAGUUUGCUAAAUGCUGGCCUAGGCCCUGUCCUCUUGGUCUUGGAUUAGAAACAAAAAUGUGCAACACAUAUAACUAGACAUAUCCGGACUCUGUAGAAUAAAUUUUUUAUUGUACAUAGCUUAGACUUUUAUGUUGCUCAUGUGCUUUACCGUUUAUGCAGGGGGUGCCACUGGCCCACCCAAUUGUGUCCUGUUUCUGUAGCGUGACUUUACUUUUAAAUGCUCUGUCUUGAGUAUUUUUGUUUUAUUUGUUUGCUAAAAUAGAAAUUCUGCAUUUUUAACUUGGGUGAAAAGUGUUUUGUACGAGUUGAUAAUAAUGUAAGAUAAAGCAAAGUCCAUUAUUCUGUAUUCAAAGGUGAUUGAAAAGUAACUUCAUGUGUUUAUGGUAAUAUGUUUGAAUAAACUACAGCAGAAAGAAGUGCAUUUCAGAUAUAAAACAAGGGAAAAGGUAUACAUGACAAAACAUAAUAUGUUCUAAGUUUAUGGAAUAAAAGAUAGGAGUGCAAAAUAAAUAGCCUAUAUCUAUA